UCUGCCUGCCUGCCUGCCUGCCUCCCCGCGGCCCGGGCAUGUCGUCGGGCGGCAGCCUGAGCACCAUGCAGCGGCUGGUGGAGCAGCUGAAGCUGGAGGCGGCGGUGGAGAGGAUCAAGGUCUCUCAGGCAGCUGCAGAACUCCAGCAGUACUGUAUGCAGAAUGCCUGCAAAGAUGCCUUGCUUGUUGGGGUUCCUGCGGGGAGCAAUCCCUUUCGAGAACCCCGAUCCUGUGCUCUGCUCUGAAAUCAGGGAAGGUCACUGGAGAGUUGCCUUCAAGCAUGACAUGAAUAACAACUGCCUUUCCUUCACAAGAGAAGUCCCUCUCUGUGUCCUAACUUCUGUGUGGCUAAAACAGUGUCCUAAAUAUUUAUCUGUUUGUUCUUGUGUAUCCGUAUUUCACUCUGUUUUGCUAAUGUUCUUAAAGUUUUUUAAUGUAACCCUUAUUCUUUUCAUAAUAGUUACCAUUGUUACUACACUAUGCUAACUAUACAUGUAUCACUUGAGAAGUUUACAUUUUAGAAAAGAAAACCAUGAAUUUUUACCAAGUCAUAUACGCCUAUCUUGGUAAACUGUUACACCAGAAUGAUAGCAAAACCUAUUUGUAUUUUUCCAAAAUAAAACAUCCACAGAGUGAACCGUUAAAGUAUAAAACUAAAUACAGUUAUACUGAAGUAAUAUUCUCGGGGGGAAUUUUGCUUCCAUUAGCAAGACCAGGAACCAAGUAUGGUAUUUUUCAAGUGUAUCUAACUCCAUAAAUGACACAUAUUAGAAACUGCUGGACACAAUGUGUAGCACAGGCUUGAUUCCUAAGGCAUGUUUCUUGCAAAACUUCUCAUCUGUAAUACUUCCCCUAAUUUGUAUUUGCAAAGGUACUGCCAUGGUGGAAUUUCCUUGAUGUGUUUAAAAUGUGACCAAACAGACACUAAAAAUCCAUGAACACCAAAAGAUAGUUGCAUGCAUAAUUGUCAAGGUUUGUAAUACACAAAACUUAAUAAAAUGUGCUUGGUCAUUUGCCUUCAGUUUUUUAUAGCACUUGUACAAGGACAACUAACUUUUUAAAUAGUUUUUUAAUUUUGUCUACUUUCUAUUAUUUGUAUUCAUCUUUUAGAAGUUUUGAAAUAAAAUUCCUUUCCCUA